AUGAUUCAAAUCCUUCCCAAUGAAUUGCAAAUUGAAAUUUUAAAUUAUGUUAUCAUAGAAACAAAAACUAUUUGCAAAAAGUGGAACUCAUUUGUUCCUUUAGUAAUGCAUAAAGCCGUUAUCUCAGUGUUAAAUUCAGGUUUGAAACUUGAGUUAACAUAUUGGAAUGAUACUAAACAGAUUAAAAAAUUAUUACCAACUUAUGACGAUUAUACUAAGACAUUUACUUUUCUAUUUGAUAAUCCUGAAAAUGAUUUCAGUAAACCCCUCAAUGACCAUAAAGUUAGUUUUAUUGCAUUCGUGGAAAGAAAUGAAAAUAAUCCAUUAAAUAAUCCAUUUCCAAUUAAGCUGGGUGUCGAAUUAGGAGAUUUAACUUUUCCAGAAUUUAUAAAUAAUGAUAUAUACAAAUAUGACUUCGAUCAUCGAAGCAACAUACGUUUCAAACGGGAGAUCAAAAAUAAUGAAGAAGGUGAAAGCAUUAGUUGUGUGAAGCUUUAUAGUUUUACUAUUGAAGCAUGGAAGCUUUGUUAUAUUUUGGAUAGUCUUAAUUGUGAUACAGAAGCCUCAUUUUUGAAAGACGGAUUUAAAUAUAAGGAUUGUGGGUAUGAUUGGUGGAAUGAAUAUGGCAUGAUAAGGUUUAGUAUGUAG